CUGCUCUCCAGCCUUGAGACACCAAAACCCAUUUGCGACUUGAGCGCACCUUGAGCGUGUCUACUGGCGGCUGCUGCUCCUGCUCGUCAAAACUUCCUCUCAACCUACAAAGAAUGAUGAUGGAUUCGUCCAUGCGCAAGAUGCUCGGAUUAUUCAUCAUCUGCAUGUCGCUGCAUGAUGGCUGUGGACUCCCUCUGUCAGAGCAGCUGGAGGUGGCUGUCCAAGCGCCGCAUCCACGCCACAUCAGGACCAAGCGCUGCUCCUGUAGCAACUGGGAAGACAGAGAGUGCAUCUACUUCUGUCACCUGGACAUCAUCUGGGUCAACACACCAAGUAAACUCCUUCCUAAUGGUCUGGGGAGUUCCGUGUCUCGCCGUCGACGGUCAGCCAACCGAUGCGAAUGCCACAAUCCUGCUGAUAAAAUCUGCCAUGGCUUUUGCCUUAAAAGCUCAGAAGACAGCAGAACUGAUGCCUCGGACUUAUUGCAAAAAGGGACCGGCACAAACCGUAAAGGAUUGCUGGCGUCUUUAAGAGCUGUGGUCCAGUCCAACACGGCAAUCGCAAAAGGUAUUCAGCCAUCAAACAUGAACUCUCCUUGAGUCAAAAAGACUAAAAAAAAGAAUGUAAGAACAGAAAAGAUGUUCUGACUUCAUGGAUCCUACCUCCACGGACCAGGGAGAUUCCUCUAACUCCUUCUGCUUGCAGCAAUGGGGUUUCAAAGGACUACCAAUUCUACAGAAGCAGAAGUGGAAACAUGAAAGCAAAAAGAGGAAAAGAAGGAACUAUUUCAACAUGGAACUCAAGCUUUGGGAGACUCCGAAGUUCUGAGUGAAAAACCCUGAAUGGAGGAAUAAGUAUAUGUGAAGAUGUCAUCUUCCUUUUACCUCCCCAUCGAUGAUGGGCAACGGACCAAAUCACAUAUGUAAACAUGGUAUUCUCACUUUUAAAAAAUGUCUAUAUCACUGAAGAGUUAGAUAUUCAAGAAAGGUCAAAAACAUCAGCGUGAGGCGGAAAUUUCAGCUUAAGGAGCAAAACGCCUGUAUGACAUUUUUUUUGGGAUAGUCAAUUUGCACUUGAGCUAUAAAGAGAAUUGUGUCAUUUACAUCUUAGAGUCACCUAGACUCUAUUUCAUCUGCAUUAUUUAGAAUAUCACUGCUUUCCUUUGCUUUAAAAUUCCUCUGUAUCAGAGCUGGAAUCCGCUGUCCUGCUUAAUGUUUAGGACAAACCUGGAAAUAGCUUUAGAAAGAUCAGGCGGUGCUUGAAAAUGGCAGCUAGUUCACGCCUUUCCCACAAGGCCAUGGUCAUCUCUCUGGGAUUUACGCCACAAACAAUUAGUUUAGUCAAGGUUCACUGUUAGCUCCUCCACUCUCACUCAGCACACUUCCUGGUUGCUGAGUAACAGUAAUGCAGCGAGUGUGUAGUGAUUCCGCAAGUGUUUGUUUUUAUUUAAAGAUAAGCUAAAAAGUUUCAAUGAUGUCCAGUUGUCCCCGCAACAAAUGUCCAUUUGGUUCCUCUGUUGUUCAUCAGAGGGAAACUAUGACUCCUGACUCCUGCUCUGUAAUUAAUAAGCCAUUAAUGUGUGGGCUGCAUAAGACAACGAUUAACGCCAUCGGCUGUCUGACCGAACCCAACAGUCAGCGAGUAAAAGUGAAGACGUUACAUUUUAGUCAAUGCAAAGCAGAAAUCAUCCCAGUGCUGAAUAUCAUGUUCAGUUUACAUGUUGUUGUUUUUGUAAGUUAAUAUGAAUGCAAUAUUUGUAAAGAGAAGAAUUUAUUUAUUGCCUAACUUAUUGAGAAGUGUAUUUAUAUUUCUACAACUGAUGCCUGGAAUUUUUUAUGAGAAUAAAAGAAAACCUUGAAGUAUU